GGCCUCCUGGCGGAGCGGCGGCAGCGCGGGGCGGCGGUGGCGGCGGAGCGAUGGCGUGCGGGGCCUUCGCCUGCUCCAAGAACUGCCUGUGCGCCCUCAACCUGCUCUACACGCUGGUGAGCCUGCUGCUGAUUGGAAUUGCAGCAUGGGGAAUUGGCUUUGGCCUCAUCUCUAGUUUCAGAGUUGUUGGAGUGGUAAUCGCAGUAGGAGUCUUCCUCUUCUUUAUUGCCUUAGUUGGAUUGAUCGGUGCAGUGAAACAUCAUCAAGUAUUGCUAUUCUUUUACAUGAUUAUUCUUCUGCUAGUCUUUAUUGUCCAGUUUUCUGUCUCCUGUGCCUGUUUGGCACUAAAUGAGGAACAGCAGAGUGAACUUCUAGAGGUGGGAUGGAGUAACACCAACAGUGCAAGAACAGAUAUUGAGAGAAAUCUGAAUUGUUGUGGAUUCAGAGUUUUUUAUCCGAAUGAAACCUGCGCCGCUGAUUGUCUUAGAAAUCUCCACUGUAGACCAUGUGCACCAAUAAUGGAAGAAUAUGCUGGAAUGGUGCUGAGAUUUGUUGGCGGGAUAGGACUCUUCUUCAGCUUCACAGAGAUUCUGGGAGUUUGGCUGACUUACAGAUACAGGAACCAAAAGGAUCCCCGUGCAAACCCUAGUGCAUUUAUUUGAUGAGUUUAUAAAGGACUAAAUCUUCUCUCUGCACCAUCUACUUAAAAAUACUGAUUCUUCAUAGUUUGGUAUUUCUCCAUAAUAGGUAUUCUACAUGUACUCAAAAUAAAACACAAGUCCUGUAAGAAAUGUGUAGCUUUCAUAUUUAAUUUUUACUAUUUUUCUUCUAAGAAUCUCUAUCUUAAAGUAGAUGGGUGCAUUCAGUAGCUGGGCAGAGUUGAACUGCUGGUUAAGACUUUGUUAAUUGUUAUGGUAAACUCUGUACAAUGAGUUUUGUAGCACUACUGGGUUAUCUGCUGUAAAAAAACCCUAGAGGUAUUUUCUGCUGUAUUCAUUGAUUACAGAAAUUCACGUGAAUUCUCAUUAAAAUAAUAAAAAUUUACAGUGGAUGGUUGGAUAUGAUUUACUUAGGUUUUAGGAUGUCCUCUAGUAAACUUUUUUGUCUCCCACUUUCCUGUUAAGGUAAAAAUAGAAGCUAGAGAUGUUAUUUUCUAUAGUGCACAAAAGUGUAUGUUAAUGACUACUAUAGUCUUCACCCCUCCCCUUUCCUGAUUGUUUUGGUUUUCUGGUAGCUUUAAAAUUUUGUUGAGAAUAAAAACAAUGUUAAUGAAUAUAUGAGAACAAUGACUGAAGAAAACCAGGAGAAUGUAAUCUGCAGCUGAUUAACUUGAAACUUUUUUCCCUUGACAAUGAAUGAGGUUUGGUAUUUGCACAAUCAAUGUCUGUCAUCUCUGAUAUAAGAAACUUGAUGUCUGGAAAGUUGUUGUACAGCUCUUUUUUUUUAGAUGGUGUAAAGUCAUUGUUGUAAUAACUCAGCAGUGUAUAUUUCUGUGUCAUCCAGAUAACAGUCUUGAUUUCAUGAGAGAUUGAAUAACAUGU